AUGGAGGAUGGGUGGGUGGUUGUGCCCACUCACCUGGGCUGGGCCCUCGUCACCCUCGUCCUCCACAUCGUCAUUGUCGCCUCCCAUCUGUGUGACGUGGCAGGGUGGUUGUUGAUGAUGUUCACUGCUUCCACCCAUGACAUUGAUCAUUUCAUAUGGAAUCUAUCAUGUCUAUGGAAUCAGAAAUUGGCUGGGUCCUUAGCCAACAUUGAUAUGGAUUCCACAUGGAAUAACCCAGGGAAGAUCCACAGAUCCAUGGAUCCUCAUAUCCUCAUAUCUCCUGACCCAGAAAUCUGUCCUGGCAAAUGGGUACUAGGAUCUUUGAGAUAUGAUAGCUGGAUAGGCCUUUGA